AUGUGGCAUCCAGCGCUGCUCUGGCUAAGUGCUAGGCGCCAGCACUGUCACUGCCCGCCCAAAGCCAUCUCCCUGCCCAUUGAAGUCGAGCGCGUGAAGCUUGAAGUGGAGAUGGGAGAAGAGGGUGAGAUAGAGACAAAGGUUGAGCCAGACAGCCAAGAAGAAGCCAAAGUUACUGUGUCUGUGCGCACCACUUGUGCUGGAAUCACAGACCGAAGUGUCCUGAGACAGAAACUGAUGCAUCUCGUUGACUUCUACUUGGAGAAAUUUGGUGGGCCAGUGCAAUUUCUGCAAAACACCUUUGACACGCCAGAAGCCUUCGAGGAUUUUCGUAAAGAGCUGUUCAAGCUGUGCCCUUGGAUGGAUUGCAUGGAUUACGUCCACCCUGGAGCUCUUGCUGGGCGGGAGAAGUCCCUGGUGCACAUCACCAUGCUGGACUGGGACCCUCAAAGAAGCACUAAGGGGCUGCCGUUUCGGAAAGUUGCCCGUGACUUGGCUGAAGAGUACAUGGUUCACGGCUUCUUGACUGAAGUGGAGCCUCUCUUGUUGUGGACCACAGCGGAGCAGCGACAACAUUCGCAGCAUACAUUCAGACCAAACUUUGUCAAGGGCAUGGCGCGCAGUUCGACAUGUUUGAUGCUCGUGGCCAUCCUUGUGGAAGAACAAGUUGAUGUAGCUACAAUGUUUCCAGAGCUUUACCACAGCUUGCAUCAAAUCCACGCUGUCUUCGAAUCCCACACUGACCUGGGUUCGGUCGCGAUAGCCAACGCGCACCACUCGAACCGAGGUGCGCUGAGGGCACCUCAUGACAUCAUCACCUGGGUGAUGAAGCUGAGGAAACUGGAAGGAAGUUUCCAACCCACCGCUAUCCUGGAGAGGUUCAAUAGCAGCGCUACCCAAAGGGGCAAGAUCACAAGCAACAAGCGUGUGUCAGCCCUUGCGUUGUUACAGGCCCCUUGCAGAGAGGGUCUUGACAAGAUGAUCGAGCUUUUGUCUGAGGUGGGGUCCAAGCAGGUUUGGUGGAACGAAGAUACUUUCUGCAACAAGAAGCUCAUGCCAGGUUAUGUGGCACGUUGCAAGGGCAAAUGGAAUGGCAUUCUGAAUGUCACGGAAGACUCUUUUGCAAUUUGGACCGAAUCUUUGAACAGGCAGCAGCUGCUCAAGGGCGCCAAAGCGCGACGGCCUCUUGACAAAUCCAGGUUGGAAGAGCACAGCGCCCUGUCGGCCUUCUUUGUUUGGGCUGCGCAGCAAGCGCUGGACCAAGCUGUUGACAAAGAUGAACUGACCAAGCUUGGUGAAAGGUUCAUGGAUGGAGACAUUGCGCUUCAAUUGGACCUCCAGACUUUGCUCCAUGAACGUAAGAACGAUAUUGAUUUCAAGGACGCCUUGAGGGAGCUACAUCAGAAGAAGGUGACUUGUACUGAUUUGGCAUUGGUUGGGCAAGCUCGCACAGAGAUUGAAGCCAGCAAAUUCGAAGAGAUGGAAUGGAACCUCUUCAAGGAGAAAUUGAAAAGCGACGUCCAGGCCAUGCUGGUGUUUCGCAGCAAGUUGGAUUGCCACGACACCUUGGUUUACCACGCCAAGCUGGAGCACAUCCGCAAAAGACGAUUGCAAGGCCGAGAUGCUGUGGAAGACCUCUUCAAAGGACCGGUGGCAAAGUUUUCCUUCGUCACUGGGUGUGAUCAAGUGCUGAACGGUCUGCUGCAGUUGAAGAAGGAGUAUCGCGCUGAAGCUUUGCUCGUCCUUGUGGUGGUCAAUUGGGCCAGCCCAUCCACUGUGAGAGAUGAGCAGAUGUGUCUCCAGGUGCAGAUCCUACAGCAGGUGCUUGGCCAGGACGACUUCGAGCCCAUGGGCCUUGUGGUGAUGCCCGUGUGGGAGCGGGCAAAAGGAUCGCUCUACAAGACAGAAACACUGCUCUUGAAAUCUUUGGCAGAGAAAGACAUGAAUUUAGAUGAGAAGGGCAGCCUUUCGUUCGAGGACCAGGAGCGCGCUGACCCCAGAGAUCGUCGGCCAUUAGAGUACCCACUCCGGUUGGCUUUUCCCAUGAAGACAGAAGCUACUAAGAACACAUCCCCUUGGCAGCGCUGCUACCUGUACAUGAACAACCGCACCAACAUCCGAGCCACCAUGUUGCAAAGCAAAGACAUGCGUCUCCCAGAGUUUGAUGAAGACUUGCCCCAUUCUGACAUGGACCAGCGUGUGUCCCCAGCAGAAAAGUAUUCUCAGUUAGGAGAAUCCGCUGCUGCAGCGCUCAUUUCCUCCACAGUGACGACUUUGCCUGCCGGUCAUCCUUGCUGUGUGGUCGUUGACACCAGCCCGAAAACGGGCGAGUUCGCACGCACAAUUCUGCGUGCGCCUGCCUCAUCGACUGCUUUGCACUACAUCGCUGUGGGUUUGGAGAGUCAGCUGGAAUGGUGUCAGCAAGACCUGAAAGAUUUUGCACUGGAUUUGUAUCUUGCCCGCGCUCUGAAGAUCAAAAACUUCGAGCCCUUGCCCGACACUUUGUCUGCGGAUGAGACACCGGACCUGGUGCUGCCGAAGCUUAAUGUAGGUGUGUUGUUGAUGGCACAAACCUCGUUGUCGCCCCAGACGUGUGCGACAAAUGGGCUAGCAGCAGCUUCAAAGACGACUGGAAAGCUCUCCAGGAAGAGAUGA